GCCACCAUGCGUUUAGCCCCUCCUCCAUAUUUAUUUUCUUUGUCGAUCUGUACCGUACUCUGGGAUCACAGGAAGAAGCUUCACAGGAGAAAGAUUAUAAUUUUUUAUUGGAAGAAGAGAUGCAAAGAUACGAGAAGGUUGAGAAGAUUGGAGAAGGGACGUAUGGUACAGUGUACAAGGCCAAGGAUCAUGAGUCAGGUGAGAUAGUAGCCCUCAAGGUGGUGAGACUGGAUGAAGAUGAUGAGGGAGUUCCCAGUGCUGCAUUGAGAGAGAUCUGCCUACUCAAGGAGCUCAAGCAUAAGAACAUUGUCUGUCUCCUGGACGUGCUCCAUAGGAACCUCAGACUAACAAUGGUGUUUGAAUAUAUUGAUCAGGAUCUUAAAAAGUAUUUUGACAGUUCUGGUGGAAAAAUUAGUCCCAAAACUGUUCAGUCGUUCUACUAUCAGCUGCUCAAGGGGCUGGGUUUCUGUCACAGUCUCAAUGUCUUCCACAGAGAUUUAAAACCUCAGAACAUUCUUAUUAGUAAGAGAGGGGACCUGAAGUUGGCUGAUUUUGGACUGGCCAGGGCCUUUGGAAUCCCAGUGAGAUGCUUUUCCACUGAGGUGGUGACUCUCUGGUACAGACCGCCCGAUGUGCUGAUGGGAGCGCAGGUGUACACCACCACCAUCGACAUGUGGUCAUCCGGCUGCAUCUUUGCCGAAUUGUCCAACGGUGGUCGCCCGCUGUUGCCAGGUAGCGAUGUAGACGAACAACUAAAGAGAAUAUUUAAACUAGUGGGCACACCUAAUGAGGGGGUGUGGCCAAACAUCACCAAGCUGCCGGAGUAUAAGGAGUUUCCCCCGUACCCCGCCACUCCCCUGGAGCUGGUGGUACCAGCCAUGAAUGCUCUGGGCAUCAACCUACUGGAGCAACACUUGGUGUGCUACCCCAAUGGAAGGAUAUCAGCCGAGGACGCUAUGAGACACGAAUACUUUGCUGAUGUUGACCCAGCACUUAAACUCUGAACAUUUAUUAAUUGAACAGUUUCUAAUCAGUUUCACUUUCAAUAUAUACAUGUAUAAUUAUAUUCAAAUUCUAUUUUUCGAGCUGCUGCUCUCAGACAUGUUAUUAUCAUAAUUAUCAUUGCCAAAUAA